CGCAUGCUUAGUCGUUCUACUUUAGCCGUUAGCUUCCAGCAGGCAGCGCGCGCACAGAGCUAGUGGGACAAGAGGAGGAAGAAGAAGCAGUUCCUUUCGAGAUAACGUGUGCCCGGCGUGUUGUGGCUCUCUGUGACCGGCUUCACGUGUGACAGUCGGUGGGGUUUGAGUGGGAAACAGCGCUGGAACGACAGGAAACUUCAGUCAUUUUCUCCUUGGACAGGUGACGCCACUAAACGGCUAGAUCGAGAGGAAAAUCAGCGAAGGAGGUGUGGCCUCUGUCUGUCAGUCUCAGCGAAGGAGGUGUGGCCUCUGUCUUUCAGCCUCAGCGAAGGAGGUGUGGACUCUGUCGUUCUCAGUGAAGGAGAUGAGCAGGCCGGCCGAGCGCUGGACCAUGUGAGCAAAGCGAGCAGAACGGGCGACUUCCUGUCAGAGCGAGAGAGCGGGUGGAGGAGAGAGGAGGACGUGUUGAGAGAAGGAAUGGGCGUGGGGAAGAACUCCACCUGUAAAUCCAUGGACUCCAACGCUGAGCCGGGCAAAUAUGAGGAGGAGGUCAAACACAGUGCCAACUUCUACCCCAUCCCCGUGGUAGUUAAUGGAGUGUCCCCGACCCCUGGAGACCAGGACAGAGAGGACACCGAACUCAUGGCCAUCUACACUAAAGAGAGACAAGCAGCAGAUAAAAGUUCUUUAUCUGAGACGGUGGACAGCACAGAAACUAUGGCUGCCAGGAGAAUGGACAUGAUCUACACUAUAGAAGACACCCCACCUUGGUACCUGUGCAUCUUCCUGGGUUUACAGCAUUACCUAACCUGCUUCAGUGGGACGAUCGCCGUACCCUUCCUGCUAGCCGAGGCCAUGUGUGUGGGAUUCGACCAAUGGGCUACAAGCCAGCUGAUCGGCACCAUCUUCUUCUGCGUGGGCAUCACCACACUGCUGCAGACCACCAUCGGCUGCCGACUUCCACUUUUCCAGGCAAGUGCGUUUGCUUUCCUUGCCCCAGCCAGAGCCAUACUGUCAUUAGAGAAGUGGAAGUGUAAUGCAACAGAUAUUCCUUUGAUGAACAGCACUGAGCUCAUGCACACAGAGCACAUCUGGCACCCCAGGAUACGAGAGAUUCAGGGUGCUAUAAUUGUGUCCUCCGUGGUGGAGGUGUGUGUGGGAGCUCUGGGUCUCCCGGGUCUGUUGUUGAAGUACAUCGGGCCGCUCACCAUCACACCGACCGUGGCCCUGAUCGGCCUCUCCGGCUUCCAGGCAGCGGGAGAAAGGGCAGGCAAACACUGGGGCAUCGCUAUGCUGACGAUCUUUCUGGUGCUGCUGUUUUCUCAGUACGCACGCAACGUGCAGCUGCCGCUUCCCAUCUACAAAGCCAAGAAAGGCUGGACCUCCUACCGCCUUCAGCUCUUCAAGAUGUUCCCUAUCAUCAUGGCAAUCCUGGUCUCUUGGUUCCUGUGUUUCAUCUUCACGGUGACAGACGUGUUUCCUCCACAGAAGGAUAAGUAUGGCUACUACGCCCGCACAGAUGCCAGGCAGGGCAUCCUGGCAGCCGCUCCCUGGUUUAAAGUUCCCUAUCCCUUUCAGUGGGGGUUGCCAACGGUAACGGCAGCCGGGGUGAUUGGGAUGAUGAGCGCCGUGGUCGCCAGCAUCAUCGAGUCUAUUGGAGACUAUUACGCCUGUGCGCGACUGUCCUGUGCCCCGCCUCCUCCUGUACAUGCCAUCAACAGGGGGAUUUUUGUCGAAGGUCUGUCCUGUGUACUGGACGGUUUGUUCGGCACAGGAAACGGUUCUACGUCUUCCAGUCCAAACAUCGGGGUUCUUGGGAUCACAAAGGUGGGCAGCAGGCGGGUGAUACAGUACGGAGCGGUGCUGAUGCUGCUGCUCGGCACCGUGGGGAAGUUCAGCGCUCUGUUCGCGUCUCUCCCGGACCCUGUGCUCGGCGCACUUUUCUGCACGCUCUUCGGCAUGAUCACGGCCGUGGGCUUGUCCAACCUGCAGUUCGUCGACCUCAACUCCUCACGCAACCUCUUCGUCCUCGGCUUCUCGAUUUUCUUCGGUCUGGUGCUGCCCAAUUACCUCAAAGGAAACCCUCUUGUCACCGGAAUCGUGGAGAUCGACCAGGUUCUGAACGUUCUCCUGACCACAGCCAUGUUUGUCGGCGGUUCCGUGGCCUUCAUUCUAGACAACACUAUACCUGGCACUCCGGAGGAGCGAGGGAUCCGUAAGCUGAAGCGCGGCUCCGGUUCCGGCGGCUCUGAGCUGAAAGGGAUGCGAUCCUAUGACCUGCCAUUCGGAAUGGACUUCCUGCGGCGCCACAGCGUCUUCCAGUACCUGCCCAUCAGCCCCACGUUCAGCGGUUACCAGUGGAACAGACUGGGUGGGGCGUGUCGGGGGCGGAGCAGCUCACGAGGAGAGGAGGGUGUGGCUGUGAGGAUGGAGGCAGGAGAAAGCAGAGUGUAAAACAGAAAGCGAGUAUUCCCUGCGCCAUGCUGUUGUCAAAGCCCUCUCUGAUCUUGUGUGUGUGCACGUCAUGGAUACAACCCACCACAGGGCGACGACGUCUCGCAGGCCAAAAGAUGGAAAGGAUUCUGCAGGAAGAAAAAAAAAAAAAACACGCACACGCAAAACACACUUAUGUUUUAUUCCCUUAGCGAACCUGCACUGCACUGAGAAAUUCAGUUUAUGUAUUUACUGUUUCUUUAGUUACUGUUUCUGUCAAAGCUGAUCGCUCACUAAAUGCAAAAUAGUCGCAAUCUCUUUGGUUAUGCAAAAGUCUGCAAGAAACACAUGCCUUUUUUUUUUUUUUGUCUCACAACCUCGACCCAACACCCUCUCAGACUCGGUCCGGUUUUCGUUGUUCUACAAAAUAUGUAUCUAAAAUGCAGCCUUUAGUUCCAGUGUAGUCUGAUAUUUUCCUAUGUUCCUGAGACGGGACGUGUACACCGGCUGUAAGGACGUGGCAUAGGCUGCCAGCGUAAUGAAGAGUGGGCGGGGCAUGAAAGGAAACCUACAGGAACAUCUUUUCACUUUUAAUGCGAAUGUAGUCCGAACAGCUAAGGCAUGUUUACCGUCUGAUGUUUUACUUCUUUACGACCGCACAGGACGUCUGUCUCACCCGUUUAACAUCAAAACGACAUUACAGAGAGAGGACGAAAUUGUGUUGUUGCUCGAGGGCCCGGCGGUACCUAUGACUCGAACCCGACCUCCCUGUCAGUGGUCCAACACAUUAACCACUAAGCUGUCAGACCCCCGUGCGAGUCCGAGUGUGACGUCACUGACGACAAGGACCCGAUCGGGUGAAAAGCAGCAGCUCAAUCCAUAGAGAAAAAGCUAAACGAGCAAACAUCAGACACCGAACAUGUCUUUAUGGUCGACUGCACUGAAGCGAUGCAUGUUUUUUUUUUUUUUUUCUCCCCCCAUUCUUUUCUGAACUGCUCCUUUUUAUUUCUAAAAAAUAAGGCACCAGCCAGGUAUCAUCCUCUCCAGGAUUUCUGUUUUAUUUGUUGAUGCUUGGACCAUAAAAUUGUAAGCACCGGACUUUCUAUGUUUACCUUCAUGUCAUGUCACUAAGUUCUAUGUUCUUCUUCUUUUUCCCAUUUUGAAUAAUAGUAAUCUUAUAAUAUUGCCAUAAAUAGGUGAGAUCCUGGAGCGACCGAUCCGUCUGACGUUCUUCUGCUGAAAGCUACCAGGGUUUGGUCUUCACACUGUAGCCCUUGUUCUUAGUUUGUUGGGGUGUUUUUUUUUUGUUUGUUUGUUUGUUUUUUGUUUUGUUUCUUUCUUCUACACGUUCUACAAGCUUUGCUUUUAAAAUCUGAAAAGAAUUUAUCCGAUGCCUGUUUGUUCGCUCGUCGAUUGCCGACAAGCCAACAAAAAAAAUAAAUUAACGCGAGUACAGACGGCCGUGUCGCUUCCCGCCCUCGUGGACCAGAUCACGUUCGCGUAUUUAUUUUAUUUAUUCGUUUGUGCUAGUCUCCACGUGAAAUUCCACGUGAGCAGAAACGAGAUAAACUGAAAACUAGAGAGAAUUUACUGGAAUGUUUGUUCACACAUUUACACUCGAACUGGUGCUUCAUGAGAAAAAUGUCAUUCCAUGUGUCGUGGUGUUUUGAUAGUCAUCACUUUUUAUUUUAUUUUUAACCGCAAAAAUCUACGCACUACUGGAGCAAUUUUUUUAUUCACUGGGCAUAUUGUUCGUUUGCUUUUUUUUUUUUUACACGACACACUUGUAGGAACCGUUUUAUUGUUAACACUGAGGGUCGGCUUUUUGACCCCAAACUCUGGAGCUGCACCAACACGGAUUAAAUGAACCAAAUGGUUUGACUUUAAUCAAAAAUUUUGUUCAUUUGAGUUUGACACAAAUCCUAAAUCCUGAUGUUUUCUAAUCGAUGUGAAUUAAUGUUAUUUGUCUUAACCUGUAAAAAAAUCUUUUUUUUUUUUUUUUUAACUGGCCAAU